AAAUUUCAAUUUCGAUUUUGAUGUCAUUCACUUCUACGAAAUCUAGCUUCUGUGAGUUAGUAGUCGAAUAUCAUGUUUAAAAUCUGCUUUAUAGCGUUUCUUUUGAGCGUCCUUGGAAAUGGAAACGCUAAAUUCAAUUUUGAAAAGAUUAAAGAUAAAAUCUUCGAGGAUGGGAAAAUAUCUGAAACAUCAUUGAUGAUGUUGGAUGCAUCUGCCAAAUUUUUACCAAAUGGAAUACUGAGAGGGAAUUUUUACAAUCUUGGUUCAUACGACGGAUGCUUAGCUAUAAAAGAUGAGGUGACACAUAUUAGAGGAAAAUAUUGCUAUGCAACUAUAAGUAUAAUGGAUAUAACGGAACUUAUUAAAGACAUGACUAAGAAACAACUCGAAAAUCUUAAAGAUAUUGAAGAAAAGAAACAGAACCUUGCCAAAAAACUUGAUCCUUCUAAUAGUAGCACUGUGUAUGGUUUUCAUUUUGGUGUUUGUAUAGGAGACAAUGUAAAAACUGAUUCCUUAGUUGAGAAAAUCCCCGAGAUAUCUUUCAACGAUGACUUCUGCUACACUAACGAAAGAAAGUUAGAAACUAAACAUUGGAUAGCAUUGGGAGUAUUAGGAACAAUAGGGUGCAUAGCCCUCCUUUCUACUAUUUACGAUGUUUUGUUUUGCUUUUUGAGUAAAGAGCCUAUCAAUGCUCUCACUGCUUUUUCCAUCUACACUAAUAGCAAGAAACUGUUAAAAUCUUCACAAAACGAUGAUCAUCUUCUCUGCAUCAACGGUUUAAGAACUCUCAACAUGGUUUGGGUGAUAAUUGGCCAUGUUUAUGUCAACUUCUUGUUAUCUGGUGCUAUCGACAACUGGAAAGAUGCAUUCGAUUGGAUGGACGAUUCAAAGAAUAUGUUUAUAAUGGGAGGCACAGUGUCAGUCGACAGCUUCUUUACCAUUGGAGGUCUGCUGACGGUGUAUAUCUACAUGAAAACGCCAAAAAUGGAUCUUGAAAAAAGUGUUAAAUCUAUUCCUCUAAUGUACCUUCAUAGAUAUUUGAGAUUGACUCCUGCCUUAGCUAUUCUGGUAUUGGUAUAUGCUACCGGUUUGGUUAAGUUUUUAGGCGAUGGGCCUAGAUGGGGAUUUAUGGAAUAUUUAGCAGUGGAGCAAUGUGAGCACAACUGGGGGUGGACGUUGCUUUAUCUCCAGAACUAUAUAUCCUCAGAUAACUUGUGCAUUGCCCAAUCAUGGUAUCUCUCCGUAGACAUGCAACUUUUUCUCUUAUCUCCCUUAAUCCUUAUUCCACUGAAAAAAUGGCCGAAAUAUACUCUACCAGCGAUGGUUGUCUUAGUAGGCGCAGGAAUAGGCAUUCCGUUUUACAUUGGUUACUCCAACAAAUUCACAGGAGUAGUUUUAGGAUCUAUGACGCCGACGUUCACAAAUGAAUAUUACUUCAAAACACACGCUAGGUUUGGUCCAUACGUUAUAGGCAUGUUGGCUGGUUAUUUGAUCCAUAAGAUGAGAUCUGGAGGAAAGAAAGUCAAACUGAAUAUUUUUGUAUCUUUCAUUGCAUGGGUCUUAACGAUUGGAGCACUGGUAGCUUGUACGUUCGAUGGUUUUAACCUCAGAAAUGAUACAGAUAAUGCUCUUAUCGAUGGUAUGUAUGUUGGUUUCAACAGAUCGAUUUGGUCCUGCGCUUUAGCAAUGGUUGUAAUUCUUUGUGUCUCAGGCAAUGGAGGACUAAUAAACACGUUCCUCUCAUGUCCAUUGAUGCAGUUUCUAUCCAAAUUAUCUUAUUCUAUGUAUUUGGUGCAUUAUCUCAUAAUUUUAGCUGUGAACUUGUCGGGUAGAGAUACAAUGCAUUUUUCAAAUUACGAGGCUAUUUUUCAAUUCUUCUCGUUUUUCAUACUCACAGUUGUAGUUUCGGUAUUUUACACCUUACUGUUCGAGUCUCCAAUGAUUAUAUUAGAGAGGAUAAUUUUUUCUAGGGCGAAGAAAUAAUAAUUAUGAGAUUCAUUCUUUUAUAUUAUUUUGAAAUAAAGAAACGCUGCAAUGAAAAAGUGUCUAUUAUUAUAUCCACUAUAGCAAUAGCUCAAUUUAUUAUGGCAUGAGGAUUUAUAGACAAUUAUAUUAUGAAACAAU